UUUCAAUAAUAUUAUAUUAUACCUUCCCAACUUUGAUGAACAAUUAGGUUGAGGGAAGAACAUGGUGUUGCUACUUUUUCUUUUUUUUCUUUUUAACCCUUUGUCUCUCCUUCUACAAAUUUUGUUAUUUUUGUAAUAGUAUUUAGUGGGAAAAAAAAAGAAGAAGAAAAGGAUUUUCUCUAAUUAUUAUUAUUAUCAAGAAAUGACUUGUAUCAAUAUUGACUCUCUUACUAGUGUUACAAAAAUAAUUAGGACUUGUCCUUCUUGUGGUCAUUUGAUCAAAUAUGAAGAAAAGGCUGGGAUUCAUAAUCUUCCAGGAUUACCAGCUGGGGUGAAGUUUGAUCCAAGUGAUCAAGAGAUUCUUGAACAUCUUGAGGCAAAAGUGAGAUUGGAUGCACACAAACUUCAUCCACUAAUUGAUGAAUUUAUUCAAACAUUAGAGGGAGAGAAUGGGAUUUGCUAUACUCAUCCAGAAAAGUUACCAGGAGUGGCAAAAGAUGGCUUAGUUAGACAUUUCUUUCAUAGACCAUCAAAAGCAUAUACAACAGGGACAAGAAAAAGAAGAAAAGUCCACACAGAUAUACAAGGCAAUGAAACAAGAUGGCACAAAACAGGCAAAACUAGACCAGUUGUGUUAAAAAACAAAGUGAAAGGCCACAAGAAGAUACUUGUUCUCUAUACAAAUUAUGGCAAACAAAGAAAACCUGAGAAAACAAAUUGGGUAAUGCAUCAAUAUCAUCUUGGUGAUAAUGAAGAUGAAAAAGAAGGUGAACUUGUUGUCUCAAAAGUAUUUUAUCAAACUCAACCAAGACAGUGUGGUGGUGUUAACAAUAACAUCAAAAAUAAUUCAUGUCCUCCUCCUCUUCCUCAAGUUAGAACAAGUCAAGUGGGAUCUCAAUUUGUUCAAUGUUUCAAUCCAACUACUCUCAUAUCUUUUGAACGUAAUAAUCCAACGAUGACUACUACUUCUCGUCUUCCGAAUUUCAAUAAUCUCCCUGACGCUUCAUUUAUUCCCUGACCUUUUCUUUUAGAUGAGACAGUCACACUGAAUAAGUUAUCGAAACAAAGAGUAGGGUGGACAGGAGGACUAGCUAGGAAGAAUAAGGAAGAGUUCUCUUGUGAUUUUUCUAUUUUUGAUGUGGUUCCAAUUUUAUGUAUUGUUAAUGGUAUUUACUUUGUACAGUGAGCUAGGCUGAAGAAAUAAGUGUACAUGACUCUUGACUGGGAGAGUAACUAAUUAAUCAAAGUUCAACUGUACAAAGAUAUCUAUAUAUAUAAACUCACUGUUCAUUAUUUUCUUUUACUAA